AUGUCGGACGGGACGACGACGACGCCGAGGACGCGGACGAUCGCGCGCGCGGGCGAGGACGGGGCGGACGGCGCGACGACGACGACGAUGGAUGCGACGAUGGAUGCGUCGGAGACGAUGGCGACGCACGACGGGACGACGACGGUGACGCUGGACGCGGACGCGGACGACGCGCGGGACGAUCGAGGGACGGAGACGGCGGUGACGGACGCGGACGGGGUGGAGACGCCGCGACGGGCGACGGAUGAAGAUUACGCGCGCCUCGACGCGUACCUGACCACGGGGUUCGGUUUAGUGCACGCGGACGGACGCGACGGGGAGGGAAGGACGGUGGUGACGAUUAAUGCGACGAGAAUUCCGGGAUGGGCGGGAGGGGCGGAUCGCGAGCGGGCGCUGAAACUCAUCGUGCGCGCGCUCGCGGGGGCGGCGGAGGAUAGAUACGUCGUCGUCGUGUACUUUGGAAACGGCGAUAGAACGGAGGGCGUCGUUCCCACGCACGCCUUGAACUGGCUGUCGGACGUUCACGGUGCGUUGGAGUAUCGCGUGCGGAAGAAUGUGGAGAAGAUUGUCUUCGUGAACGCGUCGUGGUUGACGAGCACCAUCAUCUCCUUUUCGACGACGUUUGCGAGCAGCAAGGUGAGCAAAAAGUUUGUCUGGACGAGGUCUCUGCAAGAUAUGGAGAAGGAUACGAAGUAUCACGUCAACGCGUCGAUGCUGGGCGAGUCUUUUUUGCGUUCGAUCAACGUGAAGAUUGAAUAUCGCGCGGAGCACGGGGCUGAUGCUGAAUGA